AUGGUAUUUUGUAUAAAUAAUAAAGUGAACGAGAAGAUAAAAUCUAACCUGGAACCCGGAACUGAGCAAGGAAUUUUUAAAAGAAUUUUAUUCGAGUGGAGAAAUAUUUCGAUUCUGCUCUUCCUCUACACAUUGCAAGGCGUCCCCGGUGGUCUAGCCGGAUCAAUCCCUCUCCUACUCCAAGCUCGUGGCACUAAUUACUCCGACCAAGCCAUUUUCUCGUUAGCGAGCUGGCCUUUCAACUUGAAAUUAUUAUGGGCCCCACUGGUGGAUGCCAUUUACUGGAAGCGCAUGGGAAGAAGGAAGUCAUGGCUCGUACCGGUUCAAUAUCUUAUUGGUGUCACAUUAUUAUUUCUAUCCUUCCAUGUGGACUCUUUAAUCGAUUCCCUGGAGAUAUGGGUGUUAACGGCUUUGAUGUUUUUUCUCAAUCUUCUCAUUGCAACGCAAGAUGUCGUCGUCGAUGGUUGGGCGCUGAAUCUUCUUAAAAGAGAAAAUGUGGGCCUCGCGACAACAAGCAAUGCUGUCGGGCUGAAAAUUGGGAGAUUCAUUGGAUAUGGACUCUUCAUAAAUUUGGCAUCUCCAGAUUUUUCAAAUAAAUAUCUACGCACCGUGCCAAAAAGCGACGUGGGAGUGGUCACAUUAUCCGGUUUUAUGUUCACGUGGUCAAUUAUUUAUUUUGUUUGUACGACGCUCAUUUUCUUCUGCAAGAAAGAGGAGGAUGCAGAUCCAGAGAUUGAAAAUGCAGAAGUGGACGAGGACAAAAGGAACAUUAUAAUUAUUAGUUAUCUUCAAUUAUGGCGUAUCACCAAAUUGCCUGCUGUACAAAAGUGUCUCAUCUUCUGCUUAACAUGCAAUUUAGCCUUUGCUGCAUCUGUUCUCAAUAAUUUCAAGCUGGUAGAAGCUGGAUUGUCCAAAGAGGUUUUGGCACAGCUCUCCGUUCCGUUAGCACCACUUGGACUUCUGAUCACUGUACUAAUGACAAAGUGGACGUCGGGAGUGCGGCCAAUGAGUCUAUUUAGAAACACUUAUGGUCUCACGUUGCUCUCGACAGGUGUUUCUGCAGCAAUGGUGCAGAAUGGUAAAUGGAAAAGAGCAGGAUGGUGA